AUGCUGCUAGGACAGUACUGGAUCUACUUGGCUAAUGCGGAUAUCCUGACCAGCAAGGGCCAGAUAGUGUACCGAGUCAAUACCAAAGAGACAGAUUCGGUCCCUAUCACCACUGGACCCGUGGGUACGGAUAGUCGCCCCUCCUAUGUGUCCCUCCCGCCCCAAACACCCCGCAGGAAUGAACAUAAGCCUUCUCAGCACUGGCUCGGUAUGGACGAGGAGGACUUCCAGAGGUGGUUGGAGAAGAAGCAGCUCCUCCUGGCCAAAGAGCAGGGGCGUAUCCGACUGACGGAGGAGGAGGCGGACUAUUGGGCGUGGGUACAAGAGGAAGAGGAGUUGGAUCGGGCGGAGCUGGAAGCACUAGAACUCAAGGAGCGUGAGUUCUAUGAGGAGCUCGGGGCAGACGGGCUCGAUGAUAUACCCGAAGGAGGUGAGCCAGAAGGGGAAGCCGGGGCAGAUAACGAUAUGCCUAGCCUUUUUGAGUCAGACGGGAAACAUUACUCUGACCUUGGCGCAACAGGUAUGGACGAAGAGGCUGGGGAACUACAAUGGGACAUGGGGUAUGAGGAGGCCAGGAAGGCUGCGGAGGCAAAAGGGGAAAUCAUGGAUCAAUGGGAAGAGUAUUCAAUGACGGACGGGGAAGAAUACGUGGUGGAUGUCAAGGAGGAAGGGAAGCUUGCAUACGAGGGAAAGGAGCACCGGAAAAAAUUGGAUUACCUGUCGGCCUACCAUACCAUCAGGGUGGCCGAGGAGGACAUCCCUAAGACCGCAUUCAAGACCUCCUUAUGCCAGUAUGAGUAUGUGAGGAUGCCUUUUGUCGCCUCCACGAUCUACUUCGGGCACAUCGUGACACGGGAUGGGGUGAAGCCGGAUGCUGGAAAGGUGGAGUGGAUCAGUAACAUGUCGGCGCCGGUGGAUGUGAAAAGGGUCCCGGAGUUCGUGGGGUGCACUAGUUACUACCGGCGAUUCAUCAAGGGGUAUGCGAAGGUGGCGCAUCCUCUCACGCAGCUGCUGUACAAGGACCCUAGGAAAGCAAGCAGCAGCUCGGUUGAUGGGGAAGGGGAAGGAGGGGAUAGUGGUGAGGAGGAAGAAGGAGAACGCGUGGAUGUCCGCGAGCCGGAGGAGAUGAGUAGCAAUACGGAGAAGCGGGAAGGGGAAGAGGAAGGAGACGUCGUACAAGCCGGGUCCGAAGGGUCCAAGGAAGGAGAUGGUGAUGAGGAAUCAAGAGAAGAAGGCGAUGAAGCGGAGGGAUCCAAGGAUGAAGACGGCGAGGACGAGGGAGAAGAGGAGGAGUCGGGAGAGGGAGAUGAGGAGAUGGUGGCCCCGGGGCGGACACUGAAAGGGGCAUUGGUUAGGCUGGAGGAGACCAACCCGUUUGAAUGGGAUGAGAAUAUCUGGGUAGUCCUGUUGGGGUACCGGGCCUCUAACCAUUCCUCCACAAAUUUCUCCCCAUUUUUCCUACUCUAUGGUCGCCAUCCCAACAUCUCGGGUAGCACCUUGAUGGAAUGGGAGCUGAAAGAGCUGGCCGAGCUAUCCACCGUGGAGGAAGCGGAUGCAGCAGCCGGGUAUAUCUAUGAACGGUCCUCGGAGAUGGAGCUGGCUUUGGCAAAGGCAGCUGAGAAUCAUGAUAAGGCACAGGAGAAGCAGAAUGUCGACUUUGACCGGCGUUGA